AUGAUGCAUGCUGCUAGGGCUCUCUUGGACAGUGGAGCACAGUCCAACUUCAUCACGGGAAGGUUAGAACAGUUUUUAAACCUACCUCGUAAGUCGGUGAGCAUUCCGCUGUCGGGGAUUGGUGGCAGCCAAGCGACCAACGUGAAAUCAUCAGUACGAGCCACCAUCCAGUCGCGCUGUUCAUCAUUCUCGACGUCACUGGAGAUGCUGGUACUGCCCAAGCUGUCAGCAGACGUGCCAGCCCAUCGCAUAAACCAUAGCCAGUGGAUGAUUCCAGCAGCCUGCGUCUUGGCUGACCCAACAUUCCACAAGCCUGGUGGCAUCGAUCUCAUCCUGGGUGCUGCGUGCUUCUACGAGCUUCUAAAACCCGGACGAAUCUCACUUGGAGAAGGCAUGCCGUCACUACAAGAAACGGAAUUUGGGUGGGUUGUUAGUGGCACAGCCCCGAUCGCAGAGCAGUCGCUGUCAGUGGUGUGUUCAGUUGCCAUACACACCAAUGAGCUGACUACGAUGAUGAGAAAAUUCUUCGCAAUAGAAGACGUAGGCAGUUUCCCUAGCUGGACUAUCGAGGAAAGGGCCUGUGAGGACCACUACGCGGCCACUACAAGCAGAGACCAAGCCGGCCGAUAUGUCGUCCGACUUCCGAGAAAGUCUGACAUGAUCGGGAAACUAGGUGACUCGCGGACGAUCGCCCUCCAUCGGGUUUUGGCUAUCGAGAGACGUAUGCAGCGAGAACCCGAAACAAAAAAGGCGUACGUGGAGUUUAUGGCCGAAUACCUCCGCUUAGGCCACAUGACAAAGGUGGCAGCAGCAGUUGAUAGUCAGACAACGUUCUACCUCCCACAUCAUCCUGUUUUUAAAGCCGACAGCACCACCACGAAGUGUCGGGUUGUGUUCGAUGCAUUCAGCAAGUCAUCGACAGGAGUGUCGUUGAACGAUACGCUGAUGAUCGGACCAACAAUUCAACAAGAUGCUACAUCGAUCCUGAUGCGAUUCAGAACUCAUCAAAUUGCCCUGACAGGAGAUGUGGCAAAAAUGUACCGGCAAGUAUGGGUACAUCCCAGCGAUCGCGCCCUGCAGCGGAUUCUGUGGCGAGCUUCGCCCCAUGAUCCCAUCGAAGAAUAUGAGUUGAAUACUGUGACGUAUGGAACCGCUUCUGCACCAUUCCUUGCGGUGAGAUCUCUGCAACAAACAGUAUUGGAUCAUGGGAGUGAGUUUCCAAUAGCAGCGGCUCGGUUCUCUGACUUUUACGUGGAUGACUUUGUGUCUGGAGCUGAUUCACCCGAGGCUGCUCAAACUUUGCAACAGCAAACCGAACAACUGUUUGCCAAGGGUGGAUUUGAGCUGCGGAAAUGGGCAUCAAACGAGGAAGCAGUGUUGCAUCAUGUGGCCCAACAAAGCCGAGCAUCCAGCCCAUAUUCACAACAUCAGCAUUCCGAGAGUCGCCAUUAG